AUGGCGGCAGGAGUGGCAGCGUGGUUGCCCUUCGCCAGGGCGGCUGCCAUAGGAUGGAUGCCGGUGGCCAACUGUCCCAUGCCACUGGCUCCAACGGAGAAGAACAAGAGGCAGGAUGAGCUGAUCAUCCUCAAUGUGAGUGGCAGGCGUUUCCAGACCUGGAGGACUACACUGGAGAGGUACCCGGACACUCUCCUGGGCAGCACGGAGAAGGAGUUCUUCUUCAAUGAAGACACCAAGGAGUAUUUCUUUGACCGGGACCCCGAGGUCUUCAGGUGCAUCCUCAAUUUUUAUAGAACUGGCAAGCUGCACUACCCCAGGUACGAGUGCAUCUCUGCCUACGACGAAGAGCUCGCCUUCUACGGGAUCCUUCCCGAGAUCAUCGGGGACUGCUGCUACGAAGAGUACAAGGACAGGAAGCGGGAGAACGCGGAGCGGCUGAUGGAUGACAAUGACUCGGAGAACAACCAGGAGGGCUCCAUGCCCUCGCUGAGCUUCCGGCAGACCAUGUGGCGAGCCUUCGAGAACCCCCACACCAGCACCUUAGCCUUAGUCUUUUACUACGUCACCGGGUUCUUUAUCGCCGUCUCUGUGAUCACCAACGUGGUGGAGACCGUGCCCUGCGGCACCGUGCCGGGUAACAAGGAGCUGCCCUGCGGGGAGCGCUACGCCGUGGCUUUCUUUUGCCUGGACACGGCGUGCGUGAUGAUCUUCACCGUCGAGUACCUGCUGAGACUCUUCGCGGCGCCCAGCCGCUACCGCUUCAUCCGCAGCGUGAUGAGCAUCAUCGACGUGGUGGCCAUCAUGCCCUACUACAUCGGCCUGGUGAUGACCAACAACGAGGACGUCAGCGGAGCCUUUGUCACGCUAAGGGUUUUUAGGGUUUUCAGGAUUUUCAAGUUCUCCCGCCAUUCCCAAGGCCUGAGGAUCUUGGGCUACACUUUGAAGAGCUGUGCCUCCGAGCUUGGCUUUCUCCUCUUUUCCCUCACUAUGGCAAUCAUCAUCUUUGCAACUGUGAUGUUUUAUGCAGAGAAAGGGUCCUCGGCAAGCAAAUUCACCAGUAUUCCUGCUUCCUUUUGGUACACUAUUGUAACCAUGACAACACUGGGUUAUGGUGACAUGGUGCCCAAGACCAUCGCUGGCAAGAUCUUCGGCUCCAUCUGCUCGCUGAGCGGGGUGCUGGUCAUCGCGCUGCCCGUGCCCGUCAUCGUGUCCAACUUCAGCCGCAUCUACCACCAGAACCAGCGCGCAGACAAGCGCCGGGCACAGAAGAAGGCACGCCUGGCGCGGAUCAGGGUGGCCAAGACUGGCAGCUCCAACGCGUACCUGCACAGCAAACGCAACGGGCUCCUGAACGAGGCCCUGGAGCUGACGGGAUCCACCGAAGAGGAACAGCACAUGACUAAAGGCACCUCCUUAAUCGAGAGCCAACACCACCAUCUGCUGCACUGCCUGGAAAAAACAACCGGAUUGUCCUAUCUUGUGGAUGAUCCCCUGUUAUCUGUACGAACUUCCACCAUCAAGAACCACGAGUUCAUCGACGAGCAGCUGUUCGAGCAGAACUGCAUGGAGAGCUCGAUGCAGAACUACCCCUCAUCCCGCAGCCCCUCGCUGUCCAGCCACCCCGGGCUGGCCACGUCCUGCUGCUCCCGGCGCAGCAAGAAAACCACGCACCUGCCCAACUCCAGCGUGCCGGCCACGCGGCUGCGGAGCAUGCAGGAGCUCAGCACCAUCCACAUCCAGUGCAGCGAGCAGCCCUCCCUCACCACCAGUCGUUCCAGCCUCAACAUGAAAUCAGACGACGGGCUGAGAGCGAACUGCAAAUCCGCGCAGAUCACCACGGCCAUCAUCAGCAUCCCCACGCCGCCGGCGCUCACCCCCGAGGGCGAGAGCCGGCCCGGCCCGGGCAGCCCCGGCACCAACGCUCCGAGCAUCGUCAAGGUGUCGGCGCUGUGA